AUGGCGCAUCCAGAGAAGCUUGGGUUGGCAGGCUUGAAGAUUGAGACUUCAUUCAAUCAUCACCACCUAGGCCGAUCGAAUGAGAAUCGUAUCGACAGGAGGCGAUCAACAUCAACUGAGGGUAGCGAUGGUACAAGAAGCGACCAUCUAAAAUCAGAUCAUGAUCAGAUCGUGCGGUGUCGCGAUGCUAAUGAUGAGCGCAGUGUGCUCAGUGAAACGCAUUCAGUCACCCGUCCUAUCUCGGUUCCCCGUCAUGAAGGUCGUCAUUCAGAUGAUUCCUCUUCAUUUCCAGAUCGACCUGAUGAUGUACAGAAUUCUCCACUCGACAACUACUUCGAAACUCGCCGUGCUUCUAUUACGUUCAAUCCCAAGGUCUCUCUUGGCGAAGGUGUACAAUAUCCCCUGGAUGAGCCUUUGGUCAAAGGUGGUGCGAGCGCGCGGCCCCCACUGAAAUUUGAAUCACGGACGUCAGGGUUGCGCAAUGCUCUCACCCAGAGUGAUAUCUCCGGUCAUCCGACACAUGAGUCUUGGGGAUACCAUGUCAAGCGAGCCCAGGACGCAGGGGGCAUCCCAACCGGAACCCCUUGUCCACGGCGAUCUAGAAGCGCAGAGAGAGAAGUGCCUCCUGGUCAUGAUAUCGAUCAGCCAACUUCCCUGACAUCGCUGUCAACCGUGUCCCCUGUAGCAGAAGAAGUGCGGACACCUCCUGAGAGUGUCAAAGAUCCAUUCUUCUCCCCGCUGUUCAUCACUUCGCCAACGCAAUCGGUGACGUCGCCGGACGACCGCAGUGGCUCCUGGUCCGCGGGUGUGAUCACCCCUUUUGGCAGUAAAACGAGGCGACCUGCGCUGGACCGCAGUGGGAGUCUUCGCCAAAGUGGAUCAAGACGGUCAACGCUCUCCAGCGGAAAAUCGCCCGCUAGUGCAUUCUUGUCGAUGUGGUCGACCAAGGAUGAGCCCGUUGCCUCCCCGGAUGAUGAGGGCCAAACCGUGGGCACAGACUACGUUCUUGGCAAGCAGAUUGGAUUCGGCGGCUUCAGUGUGGUGAAGGAGGCGUACAAAGUCGAGGAUCAUGGAACCACCAAACGGCUGGCCGUCAAAAUCGUGAAGAAGAACAUGGCUGAUCGCAGUGAGAGGGAGAACGAAGAGGUCCAGGCGGAAUUUGAUCACGAGGUUCGAGUUUGGCGAUAUUUGAACCAUCCUCAUGUUCUGACUCUUGAUGCGGUGUAUGAAACGGACUACGCAACAUUCUGUUUCACCAAGCUCGCUAUUGGCGGCACGCUCUUUGAUCUGAUUCGUCAGAACCGUCAAGGACUUGAUAUGACUCUCGCGAAGAAAUACUCGUACCAGCUGGCCUGCGCAAUUCGCUAUCUGCAUGAAGAUGCGCGCGUCGUCCACCGUGACAUCAAACUCGAAAAUUGCCUCUUGGAUCCGGUUGAGUCUUCCGACGGGUCUGUUUCGUCUUCGCUUGUGCUGUGCGACUUUGGCAUGGCCGAAUGGAUGACAACCGACGAUGGCGGCGAGUCUCCCGACCCCUAUAGCGAGGCGGCGGAUCGACCACCACCAAAGCAAAUGGGCCCGGCUGAUUCAAGCACCAGUAUUGCUGGAAGUUUGGAGUACGCUUCACCCGAAUUACUCGAGUCGACCUCGGGUAUCAUUCACCCUUCAGUCGAUAUAUGGGCGUUUGGUGUGAUCGUCUACACAGUCAUCGUCGGGUCGCGACCCUUCCAGGACGCUUUCAUGCCUCGUAUCAGAUCCAACAUUGUUAGCGGGACUUGGAACCGCGAAGCGAUCACGAAUGGAGUCACAGACCCUUCACUCCUAAAGGAUCGCCAAGACGCACUCGACUUGGUCUGUGGCUGUCUUGAGAUGAACGUCAACAAGCGUUGGAAUAUCCGUGACGUGUUGGCCAGCGCAUGGCUUCGCGGCGUUGCCCAGAGUGUUGACGAUUACUCCAAUGACUCUGUCUGGAAACUAUGA